AUGGUCUCGAGCGACGAUAUACCUGUCAUCGAGGUGCUUGACGACCAAGACACACUCUCAGAGACUGAACACGCUCUCGGUGGCGGCGGAAAAAGUGACCCGAGGAAGAGAAAGGUCCAAGAGCAGCUAGAGGAAAAGGUGCAAUGGACCGACGAGUCGGACGGCGGGCCGGCGAAGCCCAAGAAAAAGAAGGCGAAGCGCAAGUCCAAGAAGACAUCGAAAGUCCACGGCGACGAGGUCAAGGGCAACGACGAUGAACUGGAUCUCGGCGGAAUCCCAGACUACUUGCAGGAGAGGAGGCGGGCCUUUGAUGCCGACAAGAAGCUGCACCACGAGGCCGCCCUCAUGCUGCCCCCGGACUACACCGACAUUAUCUUUGACGAGCCGGGGACGCUAGGGGAAGUAAAGGAGCGGCCCGAGUUCAGUGCAUUCAGCGGCAUCAAGCCCUCGAGACCGUACGAAGACAUAGAGCUUCCCCAGUCCGCGGGUCUGAUCCCUGCCUCCAUUGCCCAGUAUCUUCGCGACUAUCAGGUGGCUGGCGUCAAGUUUCUCCAUCGAAAGUUUGUGUACCAGGAGGGCGGAAUCCUCGGUGAUGACAUGGGCCUGGGCAAGACGGUUCAGGUCGCCGCCUUUUUGACCGUUGCCUUUGGCAAGAAAGGUGACGAGCGCGAUGCCAAGCGCAUGCGAGAGGUUCGCUUCUGCGGCGGCCGCUGGUAUCCGCGGGUGCUCAUCGUCUGUCCUGGGUCUCUCAUCAUGAACUGGAAGAACGAAAUGAACCGUUGGGGAUGGUGGCACAUCGAUGUCUUCCACGGAACCAACAAGGACGAUGUGUUGGGCACUGCUCGGUCUGGCCUGCUCGAGAUCAUGAUCACCACUUACGACACGUACAAGAACAAUCGCAGCUCCAUCAACAUGGUCCAGUGGGACGUCGUAGUCGCCGACGAGUGCCACAGGCUCAAGGACAGAUACUCGGAGACGACAAAGGCCAUGGCGGAGAUCAACGCACUAUGUCGCAUCGGACUCACCGGCACGGCCAUUCAGAACAAGUACGAGGAGCUCUGGACUUUGCUCGACUGGACCAAUCCCGGACACUUUGGCACCCGGGCAGAGUGGACGCAGAGCAUUGCCAAGCCAUUGACAGUCGGCCAGUCGCACGAGGCCACCUUUGCGCAGCUCAGCCUCGCCCGACAGACGGCCAAGAAGCUCGUCCAGAACCUCCUCCCCCGUUACUUUCUCCGGCGCAUGAAGACGCUGAUAGCCGACCAGCUGCCCAAGAAGACGGACAGAGUCGUCUUUUGCCCCCUCACGGACCUGCAACGAGAAGCAUACGAAAAUUUCCUCGACAGCGCAGGACUCUUGCUCCUGCGGACCAUCUCGGACACCUGCCCACACGGGAAUAAGAAGGGCUGGUGCUGCGCGACACAUCUCCCGGACGGGACCUCGUGGCAGCGGAUUGUGUUUCCAAGCAUCAUCGUGCUGCAGAAACUGGCGAACCACCUGACGCUGCUCGUGCCAUCGACGACGGACCUGGAGCCCAAGCACAAGUCGGAGCUGAGAACGCUCCAGACCUGCAUGCCCGACACUUGGAAAAAGCUGUACGAGCAGCGGGACCAGAUUAGGAACCUGGUCGACCCCGAGUUCUGCGGCAAGUGGAAGAUUCUCAGGAAGCUGCUCAAGUUCUGGCGCAACGGCGGAGACAAGGUUCUCGUCUUCUCCCACAGCGUGCGUUUGCUGCGCAUCUUGCAGCAUCUCUUCACCAACACAAGCUACAAUGUCAGCUACCUGGACGGCUCCUUGUCUUACGAGCAACGGCAGGAGACGGUUGACACCUUCAACUCGGACCCGAGGCAGUUUGUGUUUCUCAUCUCGACCAAGGCGGGCGGCGUGGGUCUCAACAUCACCUCUGCGAACAAGGUCGUCAUUGUCGAUCCCCACUGGAAUCCGUCAUACGACCUCCAGGCGCAAGAUCGUGCGUAUCGCAUCGGCCAGACUCGCGACGUCGAAGUCUUUCGCCUCAUCUCCCUCGGCACGGUGGAGGAGGUUGUCUACGCGCGGCAGAUUUACAAGCAGCAGCAGGCAAACAUUGGGUACACUGCUUCGUCCGAGCGCAGAUACUUUCGCGGUGUUCAGCAGAACGCGGAGAGAAAGGGAGAGAUAUUCGGCCUCUCCAACAUCUUUACGUACCACAAGGACAUUGGCUUGCUUCGAGACAUUGUCAACAAGACAAACGUUGCCGAGGCCAAGGCGGGAGUGCAUCUGGCGGACGUGGACAUGGAAAAGGCAGCCCAAGAGGACGAACAGCUCGGGGUCGCGAAAAAAGAGGAAGCUGAUGAGGACGGUGGGCUUAACCGUCUGGCGACCCUGCUUACCGCCGAGGACCAGGAGAAGAUGCUCGAGUCUCAGAGGGUGACGACGCCGAAGACGGAUGCUAUCCAAGCCAUCCUUACCUCGGUCGGGGUCGAGUACACCCAUGACAACUCGGAAGUCAUUGGCUCGUCCAAAGUGGAGGAACAGCUCUCUCGGCGGGCCGCAAUGGCAUCGUACGCCGACGCCGACAUGGAAGGACAGAGCGCACUAUUCGCCGACUCGGAAGACGAGGACAAUGGGCAGGCCCCGCACCGGCUAUACAGGCCUCCGGAAGACAUAUGUCUACGGCAAUUCUGUGAAAUGGCACGGACAUUGGGGUUUGCCAGUGCAACAGAGUUUGCCCUAGUUGUGGAAAGCUGGCCACAGGAGACGCGGAGGAGAUGCCUGGACACCUUUUACAAGAAACGAGAGGAGGCUCUGGCGGCUGCGGAUGAGGACGGGGAGCUGCACGCCUCGCCUCAAGUGAAGAAGGCGGAGGACUCGGAACACGAGCAUGUUGAGGACAAGGACAUUAAGCUCGAGGACACCAAGGCCGGAAUGGUGAAGGCCGAAAAGGUCAAGGGCGAGGGUAUUCAGCUCGAGGACGCCAAGGUUAGAGGUGUGAAGUUGGAGGAAGUGAAGAGCGAGGAUACCAAAGCUAGAAUUGUGAAGGCGAAGGAAGUCAAGAGCGAGGGCGCGAAGCUCGAGGACACCAACUACAGAGGCAUGAAGGCGGAGGAAGUCAAGAGCGAGAUGCCAAGCGUGCAGCCGAGUGCCCGCCCGGACAUGGAUGACGACAAGGCCAAGGUCAUGCUUGAAGGCACGACGAAGAGGACGUCGAUCUUCCUCGUCGAUGACGACGAUGACGACGACGAGCUUUGA